CGCGCCAUGGCAGCGGAGGCAGCAUCCCCGCCAGCAUCACCGCCAGCGGCGGCGGCAGUGGCGUCCACCGCCGCCGCGGAUGCUAUUGUUCCCUAGUGUUAGUUGCUCUUUGGCUGCUUUUCAUCUGGAGCGAACAAUAGCAGCAGAGAGAGCUUUGCGUUCUCUUCUGGUAGAGAAGGAAGGACCGUCCCCCGCGAGAGUACUGCGGCUCCGGAGGCUGGAGCGGCUGCAGACAGCAUGGGGCUGCGAGCCGGGCGCCUGGCGUCCCGGAGCCGGGGCGUCCUGCAGCUGCUGCGGCUGCCAGUGCUCUUGCUGCUCCUGCUGAGCUCCGGCGCCCGCGGGGCUGCUGCGCAGGGAGACGCCGAGGUGCCCACCCUCUAUCUGUGGAAGACCGGUCCCUGGGGACGGUGCAUGGGAGACGACUGUGGACCAGGCGGCAUCCAGACCCGGGCUGUGUGGUGUGCUCAUGUGGAAGGCUGGACGACAUUGCAUACAAACUGCAAGCAGUCUGGGAGACCCAGUAACCAGCAAAACUGUUUCAAAGUGUGUGACUGGCACAAAGAGUUGUAUGACUGGAGGCUGGGACCCUGGAAUCAGUGUCAGCCUGUGAAUUCCAAAAGCCUGGAGAAAGCUCGAGAAUGCGUGAAGGGAGAGGAAGGCAUCCAGGUCAGAGAGAUAAGCUGCAUCCAGAAGGACCAGGACAUUCUCGCAGAGGACAUCAUCUGCGAGUACUUUGAGCCCAAGCCCCUCCUGGAACAGGCCUGCCUCAUCCCGUGCCAGCAAGACUGCAUCGUGUCUGAGUUCUCGGCCUGGUCUGAGUGUUCCCGAACCUGUGGCAGCGGUCUGCAGCACCGCACUAGACACGUGGUUGCACCGCCACAGUUUGGAGGCUCCGGCUGUCCUAACCUCACCGAGUUCCAAGUGUGCCAGUCAAACCCCUGCGAGGCAGAGGAGAGCAUGUAUAGCUUGCAGGUGGGGCCCUGGAGUGCAUGCUCAGUGCCACACUCACGGCAAGCCAGGCAAGCCAGGCGUCGUGUCAAGAACAAAGAGCGGGAGAGGGAUAGAGGCAAAGCAGUGAAGGACCCAGAGGCCCGUGAGCUCAUCAAGAAGAAGAGAAACAGAAACAGACAAAACAGACAGGAGAACAGAUACUGGGACAUCCAGAUUGGGUAUCAGACCAGGGAUGUGAUGUGCACGAACAAGACUGGGCAAGCUGCGGAUCUCAGCUUUUGCCAACAAGAGAAACUGCCCAUGACUUUCCAGUCCUGUGUGAUCACUAAAGAGUGCCAAGUGUCUGAAUGGUUGGAAUGGAGCCCAUGUUCAAAAACAUGCCAUGAUGUCACAUCCCCCACUGGCACUCGUGUAAGGACAAGGACCAUCAGGCAGCUUCCAAUUGGAAGUGAAAAGGAAUGUCCAGAACUUGAGGAGAAAGAACCCUGUUUGUCUCAGGGAGAUGGAGCUGUCCUCUGUGCCACGUAUGGCUGGAGAACUACAGAGUGGACAGAGUGCCACGUGGACCCUUUGCUCAGUCAACAGGACAAGAGGCGUGCCAAUCAGACAGCCCUCUGUGGAGGUGGCAUCCAGACCCGGGAGGUAUACUGCACACAAACCAAUGACAACCUGCUCUCCCACUUAAGUACACAAAAGGACAAAGAAGAAAGUGACUAUCACAGUACAUCAAAGUUUAAUGGUACACCUCUCCUGUCCAUCACUUUUGAAAUAACAGCCUCGAAACCAGUGGACUCAAAAUUGUGCAGUGUCCCUGUUCCUAACACCACACAGCUGUGCCACAUUCCUUGUCCAGUUGAAUGUGAAGUUUCACCUUGGUCUGCCUGGGGACCUUGUACUUAUGAAAACUGUAAUGACCAACAAGGGAGAAAAGGAUUCAAGCUAAGGAAGCGGCGCAUUACUAAUGAGCCUACUGGAGGUUCUGGGGCAACUGGAAACUGUCCUCACUUACUGGAAGCCAUUCCCUGUGAAGAGCCAUCCUGCUAUGACUGGAAAGCAGUGAGACUCGGAGACUGUGAACCAGAUAAUGGAAAAGCCUGUGGGCCUGGCACUCAAGUGCAAGAGGUUGUGUGCAUCAACAGUGAUGGAGAGGAAGUGGACCGACAGCUAUGCAGAGAUGCCAUCUUUCCCAUUCCUGUGGCCUGCGAUGCCCCAUGCCCAAAGGACUGUGUGCUCAGUGCAUGGUCCACAUGGUCCUCUUGUUCACACACCUGCUCUGGGAAAACCACAGAAGGGAAACAGAUCCGAGCUCGUUCCAUUCUGGCCUAUGCAGGUGAAGAAGGUGGAGUCCGCUGUCCCAACAGCAGUGCUUUGCAAGAGGUACGCAGCUGCAAUGAACAUCCUUGUACUGUGUACCACUGGCAAACUGGUCCCUGGGGUCAGUGUAUAGAGGAUACAUCAGUGUCAUCCUUCAAUACGAGUACAACAUGGAAUGGGGAAGCUUCAUGUUCUGUGGGCAUGCAGACACGGAAAGUCAUCUGUGUGCGAGUCAACGUGGGCCAAGUGGGACCCAAAAAGUGUCCUGAAAGCCUUCGGCCUGAAACAGUGAGGCCUUGCUUGCUUCCUUGUAGGAAGGAUUGUAUCGUGACUUCAUACAGUGACUGGACACCAUGUCCCUCUUCAUGCAGAGAAGGAGACUCUGGACCCAGGAAGCAGUCUAGACAUCGGGUCAUCAUUCAGCUGCCAGCCAAUGGAGGCCGGGACUGCUCAGACCAAUUGUAUGAAGAGAAGGCCUGUGAGGCACCUCCCAUGUGUCACAGCUACAGGUGGAAGACACACAAAUGGCGCAGGUGCCAGUUAGUUCCUUGGAGCGUUCAACAGGAUUUCCCUGGAGCCCAGGAAGGCUGUGGACCUGGACGGCAAGCAAGAGCCAUUACUUGUCGAAAGCAAGAUGGAGGACAGGCUAGCAUCCAGGAGUGCCUCCAGUAUGCAGGCCCUGUGCCAGCCCUGACCCAGGCUUGCCAGAUCCCCUGCCAAGAUGACUGUCAAUUUACCAGCUGGUCCAAGUUUUCUUCAUGCAAUGGAGACUGCGGUGCAGUUAGGACCAGAAAGCGUGCAAUUGUUGGAAAAAGUAAAAAGAAGGAAAAAUGUAAAAACUCCCAUUUGUACCCUCUGAUUGAGACUCAGUAUUGUCCUUGUGACAAAUACAAUGCACAGCCUGUGGGAAACUGGUCAGACUGUAUUUUACCAGAAGGGAAGGCUGAAGUGCUGUUGGGAAUGAGGGUACAAGGAGACAGCAAAGAAUGUGGACAAGGAUACCGUUACCAAGCAAUGGCGUGCUACGACCAAAAUGGGAGACUCGUUGAAACAUCGCGAUGCAACAGCCAUGGUUACAUAGAAGAGGCCUGCAUCAUUCCCUGCCCCUCAGACUGCAAGCUCAGUGAGUGGUCCAACUGGUCCCGCUGCAGCAAGUCCUGUGGCAGCGGUGUGAAAGUCCGGUCCAAGUGGCUGAGAGAAAAGCCUUACAACGGAGGCAGACCUUGCCCCAAACUGGACCAUGUCAACCAGGCACAGGUGUAUGAGGUCGUACCAUGCCACAGUGACUGCAACCAGUACAUAUGGGUCACAGAGCCAUGGAGUGUCUGCAAGGUGACCUUUGUGAACAUGCGAGAGAACUGUGGAGAGGGUGUGCAGACCCGUAAAGUGAGAUGUAUGCAGAAUACAGCAGAUGGCCCUUCUGAGCAUGUGGAGGAUUACCUAUGCGACCCAGAAGAUAUGCCCCUGGGCUCUAGAGAGUGUAAAUUACCAUGCCCCGAGGACUGUGUGAUAUCUGAAUGGGGGCCGUGGACCCAGUGUACUUUGCCUUGCAACCCAAGUGGUUCCCGGCAAAGGUCAGCUGAACCCAUCAGACAGCCUGCAGAUGAAGGAAGAGCCUGCCCAGAUGCUGUGGAGAAAGAACCCUGUAAUCUGAACAAAAACUGUUACCACUAUGACUACAAUGUCACAGACUGGAGUACAUGCCAGCUCAGUGAGAAGGCAGUUUGUGGAAACGGCAUUAAAACAAGGAUGUUGGACUGUGUUCGAAGUGAUGGCAAGUCCGUUGACCUGAAAUAUUGUGAAGAGCUUGGCCUAGAGAAGAACUGGCAAAUGAACAUGUCCUGCAUGGUGGAAUGCCCUUUGAACUGUCAGCUUUCAGACUGGUCUUCUUGGUCAGAAUGCUCUCAAACAUGUGGACUCACAGGAAAAAUGAUUCGAAGACGAACAGUGACCCAGCCCUUUCAAGGCGAUGGAAGACCCUGCCCUUCCCUGAUGGAACAGUCCAAACCUUGCCCAGUGAAGCCAUGCUAUCGUUGGCAGUAUGGCCAGUGGUCUUCAUGCCAAGUUCAGGAGGCCCAGUGCGGAGAAGGAACCAGGACACGGAAUAUUUCUUGUGUAGUGAGCGAUGGCUCAGCUGAUGAUUUCAGCAAAGUGGUGGACGAAGAGCUCUGCACUGACAUUGAGCUCAUUGUAGAUGGUAAUAAACAGAUAGUUCUGGAGGAAACCUGCACCCAGCCCUGCCCAGGUGACUGCUAUUUAAAUGACUGGUCCCCAUGGAGUCUUUGUCAGCUGACCUGUGUGAACGGUGAGGAUCUUGGCUUUGGUGGAAUCCAGGUGCGAUCCAGAGCAGUCAUUAUACAGGAACUGGAAAAUCAACAUCUGUGCCCAGAGCAAAUGUUAGAAACAAAGUCAUGUGAUGAUGGACAGUGCUACGAGUACAAGUGGAUGGCAAGUGCUUGGAAGGGCUCCUCUCGAACAGUCUGGUGUCAAAGGUCAGAUGGUGUGAAUGUAACAGGGGGCUGCUUGGUAGUGAGCCAGCCUGAUGCCGACAGGUCUUGUAACCCACCAUGCAGUCAACCCCACUCAUACUGUAGUGAGAUGAAGGCAUGUCGCUGUGAAGAAGGGUACACUGAAGUCAUGUCCUCCAACAGCACCCUUGAGCAAUGUACACUUAUCCCAGUGGUGGUGAUUCCCACUGUGGAGGACAAAAGAGGAGAUGUGAAAACCAGUCGGGCAGUUCACCCAACCCAACCCUCCACUAACCCAGCAGGACGGGGCAGGACCUGGUUUCUACAGCCAUUUGGGCCAGACGGAAGAGUGAAGACCUGGGUUUAUGGUGUCGCAGCUGGGGCAUUUGUACUGUUAGUCUUCAUUGUCUCCAUGAUUUAUCUAGCUUGCAAGAAGCCAAAGAAACCCCAAAGACGGCAAAAUAACCGUCUCAAACCUUUAACCUUAGCAUAUGAUGGAGACGCAGAUAUGUAAUGUCGACUAUUCCUGGAAACAACCAGACUUGGCCUUUUGUCUUUGUAGUAGACAUCCAGGGCCCACAGUGCCAGUAUUCAAAUGUGUGACUUAUAAUUAACGUAAAUUGUUAUGAACACCAUCGUUAAGAAAGAGAGAGAGAGAGAGAGAGAGAGAGAGAGAGAGAGAGAGAGAGAGAACCCUCCUCCCACUGGGAAUAUUCAAGACAGUACCACUGACAUACAGACAGUCAACCUUGAGAAUUCUAGGAGAUGCAGUGGAACGCAUGUUGUGUCUGGAGAGUUUUAUACCAUCUUUGCUGAAAUCUACCGAUUGAAAACAAACCACUUUGAUCCCUAAAAAAGUCGUGAGGAAAUUGGUCAAGAUUGGGAAGCCAGAUGCAAGACUGCUUGCAGCACUAACCCACAGAACUUUCUAGCAUGAAGAGUUCAUAAUGAAGGUUUUACAAUUCUACACUUAAGUAUAACAACAUGUAUACUCGAUCAAAUGGCGUACAUUAUGAUGUCAUCUAAUAUACUUGUUAAUAAUAAACGUUUAACAGUAAAGAAGAUAAAGUCCUAUGCUAGAUGGAGAACCCAUAAUUUUGCAUCUUCAUGGUUGAUGGUAGCUUUUAUUGGACUGCAUUUCAGAGACAAACUCUUUUAUAAGACUAUUCUUGUCUCUCUCCAAUGUGUGAAUGCUGGACGCGUAUUAGUACCUUAGAAGACAGAAUCCUCAAGUUCGGUAUUUUAUAGUGGUUAUUGUCUAGAAAACAAAUAUGCUUGUGUUAAUACAUUUCUACUUUCCCUAAUUUCACACUGGUUGCCUACAUCUUUUUGCUAUAUGGAAGGCACAUUUUGCACUAUAUUAGUGCAGCAUGAUAGGCACUUAACCAGUAUUGCCAUAGGAACUGUCUCUUUUCAUAUGGGAUGAAGACAUCUGUGCCAGGAGUGCUGUGGAGACAUUUGCAAGCUUGUACUUGGAAGAGAGUUAGUUCAGUCUUGUUGGUAACAGGAUCGAAUCUGCUAUUACACCUGCUGUCUACACUCUUCCUUCUCACUACAGCCAUUAUGAAACUGACAAAUUGGCAAGAAUUCAAGUGUUGAAGUCCCUAACCCAUCAACCUCCAAAAGGUGGGAAGCUCCUGGUUGGGUUGCAGUUGCUCUUGGAAGGCUGUUUCUGAUGAGAUUUAUAUAUUUGUUAUCUUUGUUUAAAAAAAGAAGAAGAAAAGAAAAGAAAAAACUGGUUGUCUUCGUAAUUUUGAGCAGAUGGAGAAAAUAAUGUACUGAUGAUUUUUGUAACAAAAAAAUCACAAUUAUGUGUUAGCUUUUCUUUCUUCAUAAUUUGCUUUCUUGGUGUGAGGUUGACAUCCCACCAUGUAGGCUGUAUUUCACUGUCAUGGUCUUUUGCCCUUCUCAUGACUGACAUCUGAAGCAGUAUGAUUCUAAAACCUAAAACUUAAGAAGAGAAGAGUGAGUGAUCUUGUCCAGAGCUUGCUUAAAUAUCUAGAGCAAUGGUCACAAGCCUUUUAAACAAAAGAUCAAACAGGAAAUGUUUUCAGUCAGCUCACCACACUGUCAUUGUUCCAUGGUGCCAGAAAAGAUACUCAGCAGGAAAAACAGUGACAUCACUCUUUUCCAUGAAAAAAACAACAGGCUAUAUUUACAUGUCUUAGUUUGUGGACCCAUCUUCCUCUGUAGAUGUGUUUUUAAAGCUAGCUCCAUAUUAUACAAUUGUUAGUUUUCAGUUGUAUACUCUCUGUCUACCAGGUUUGAUCUCACAGGUCACAAUUUAUAGUCAUUACUUAGGACUGUUGGGGAAAUUUUACCGUGGAAUAUUUCUCACUUCUUUCUUCUAAAAAGGAAGUUAAACGGUGUCAUGGAAAAAAAAGUCACAUAUUUCUAGCAGUAACUACUGCAAUUAGCCUCUGGACCACUAUGCUUUCCAGUCUUUAUAUACAGUAAACACCUUUGGGAUUUUGCUUUGUUUUGUUUGUUUUUAAGCUUAAACACUUGUGUAUUGCUGGAACUGUGGUUUGGGUGGUGAGGUAUUUGCCUUCAUAGACUAGGUAUGAGCUCCCCCUGCUGUCCAUUAGAACAGCAUUUUCUGCAAAGAUUACAAAAGAAUUCUGAGUUAAGAGGAUGUUGUAAUCCCCCAAAUGAAAAUCUUUUUAUAUAGUUCAAUAUGAAAAAUGUGGUAAGUAUUUCUUAUUUAUUCCAAAUGUAAGGCUUUAGAUGAUAUGUGUCAUUUCAAAGAGAGCAGACAGGAGGGUGAGUUUCACUGGAAGCCAAGGAUUUAGUUGAAAUAAAACAUGAAAAGGAAAAAAAAUAAUGUUGUUAUUCUAAACCUGUGAUUGUUACACACACACACACACACACACACACACACACACACACACACACACAAGAGGUCUUCAACAUAAUCCUUAUAUUAAUAUCAUUGGAUAAAAAAGCUCUGUCCAAAAUAGUUCAAACAUAAUCCAUUAUGAUUGGGUGAAAAAUUGUAACACUCUGAUGAAAUGUGGGCAACACCCAGCAUUCUUGGGAAAUGAAAUCCUAUUUUAUUCCUUACACAAGCUUCAUUUAAGGUAUUUUAUAAAAUGUGAUUAAUUAUAAAGACAAAGCAGUGUUCCCCUACCUAGGAUAUAAAUAGGUUAAAAAGUCAUAAGAUACACAAUAUCAUGAAGAUGGAGGGUGUUUAUGAAUAAAUAAUUAUAUUUAAAACUACAUUAAUGUUGGAAAAAAUUGGAUAUUCCGUAUCAGGAUAAAUCAGUACUGCAUGGAUUCUUGUUAGAAAUAGGGAAAUGAGAAUGUAUCCUCAUUGGAUAAUUUGAACAAAUGGGCAGUUAUUAUAAUCAUGUAUAGAUGGCUUUAUUGAGUUUCUAGGGUAAGAAAUACUGUAACUUCACCAGAACUUUAUUCUCUUGAUUCAGCUAAUAAUUCAGGAGGUAAACAGUAAAAAAUUUUCUGUUGACCACCUUUGCCUUUCCAAAGCAAUCUGUGGGCAGAAAUAAAAGGAAAGGGAGACAGAAAGGGAGGGAAAGAGGGAGGAGGGAGGGAAAGGAGAAGGGAGGAGGGAGGGAAAGGAAGGAAGGAAGGAAGGAAGGAAGGAAGAGAUUUUCUAUUUGAUUUUAAGAAGAAAGGACAAAUGCAGGCAUGUAUAGAAUUUUGUUGGACUACCCCAGGAAGAGUGGCAUGGCUGAUAUUCCUUGAAAGGGGCUGAUUUGCCUAUUCAUCAGUGCCCAUCCACUAUACUGACUAUAAAUAAGCUCUAUUUCAAAGCUUUUAUGAGUGUAGCUUAAGCUAAUUGAAAAGGAGUACAUUAAAGCAUGUCUUUUAAUUAUUUAUAUAAUAAAGCACAAAUUACUUAUAAGAAGACCAUAUUUAUUGAGUUAUCACAUGUAAGACACUCAGCUGGGCACUUAAAAUUAGUAGAGGCUUUAUAUACAUAAGUCGCUAAGACAUCCAAAAGAAGAAAAGCAUGCUUUGUAAGAGGUGUUUGCACUGGAACACAUUACUACAGAUUCCUUAUAAGCAUGCUUAGUCCUUUUGCACAGGGAUUCUAAGUGUCAGAACAUGCUGGGAGGGGUGGCAAUGGUCACAGUGGCUUCCCAAAACUGUUAAGUUCUUGAAUAUUUCAAGAUAAAGGCAUUGCUUCUGGAGGAAGAAAGCAGUACUUCCCACACAUGACUUUAACUCCUCUGAUUUAGUGUUUCCUUGCUUCUGUGUGACUCCUCUCUCUGCCUAGUCUCUCUAAUUCUACUCUCCUGCUUGUCAUAGCCUUGUCUCCUUCCCUCCAAACCACCUGCCACUAAACACACCCAAAAUCUUACAAGGAAAAGUAUAGCAUAUUUAUUAACUCUUCUAUUGAAACACAAACAUCAAUUAGGGUGUAAAGAUUUUCAUUUAAGUGGAACAUUUCUUAUCAAAGCAAUGUCUAAAGAGUAAAGAGUCACACAUGUGGCACACCAAGAGAUGAAUAGAAAGAAAAUCUUCAGUGUGAAAAUGUCAAUUUCUAUGUUUACAUUGUUGUUAGGUACUAUUUCCUUAUUCACCAUAUUUUCAUCUGAAAUCUUUGUUCUCUCCCCACUUUGCACAACAGUGAAAAGGUCUGUAUCCAUCCAUAAUGAACAGGAAAGAGCCUAUUUCUAGGGAGAGUUAAAAUCUGAAUAGAUUUGUAGAAAUCAUGCUUGCCAAUGUCCUGCAAUCUCGUCAUUUGUAACAUUUCCACGUUCAGUUUGAAUGUGACUUACCCAGUUUCCAUUGUACUGAGGGAGGAGGCAGCCAGCAGUCCCUGAACAAGUCUAUAAGAACCCUUGCAGAGCAUGCUUGAGCACUGGGCAUCUAGUUUGGGUGUGAGAACAGAAUCUCCCUGUUGCCCUCAUGACAGUGGCCAAGUUCUGCCUUCAGAUGUCCUGGUUGCCCCUCAGGGAUUCAGGCUUCCAACACUGAGGUGUGGACCCAGCAAGUGACUUGUUCUUGGUUUUUUAUUUCUUUUUGGUUUUUCUGUCAAUAAGAUAUUUGCAGUGUGAUAAGAAUUCUUAUGUGACAAAGACAGUGGGAAGUGCUUAUGUCUGCAAUGUUAAAUGAAUAAAAUAAAUGUUAAACAAAUAGAGCUAAACAUGCAUUUUGAUUCCGUUGUGUCAAGCCAGACCAGAAACAUUGAAACAUCUGAAGCAAGCCACCUUGUCAGUGGGUAAAAACUUACUUUACUUAGACUAUAACUGGCUCUACGUUUUAUUGUUCUGUUUUGUAGUUGUUUGAUUUCUUUUCUUUGUUUAAGUAAUGAUUUAUUUAUAACCUAGUUCUGAGCCUCAAUAAACUCCUGGGAUAAUUUGUUUGCAUUUAUUUUUAAACUGAAACAUUUAGAUUCCCUUUUCUGGUCCUUUUUCUUGCCCCUUUUUAUCACAGAAUUUUGAGGAGAUCAAUAUCCAUUACUGUAAAAUAUAAUUUUAUUAAAUUUAUAUCAAUCCUCACUUUAAAUUAUAUGGCUCUAAGUGGGACACUUGUUAAUUUAGCUACCUGAAUAUUUAUUUUGCUGGAGUAAGGAGGCAACUGUCUGUGAAUCUUUUGUUAAUAUUACUUUGUAAAUUGUGUAAUGUAAUUUAUUUUAAAUUAUGUAUACUUAUUUUUUAAUGCACAAAAUAUCUAUGUACAAGUAACUGCAGAUUGGCAAAGACUGUCACUGAACUUUAUGCAGCCAAUGUGGAUGACGUGUGGAGAUGUAAUGUGCUUUUCUACAUUUUCAUAUGAGUUAUUUGUAAAUAUCUAUAUUGCUGACAGACAUAAAUCGGAAAUCAUUUUCAUUCUAA